AUGAGAUGCUGGUUAGGGGACGACGCGUACAACUAUGAAGAAAAGUACCCAGAGGAUCCUCCCUACGAAGAAACAGCACCGAAUGCGAGAGUUUGGAGAACGUACGAAGAUGAAAGAAAGAUACACGAUGCCAGCAUGGUCGAAGAGUCGCGAGACAAUGUCGACGUAUUGCUCGUUUUUGCAGGCCUUUUCUCGGCAGUCGUGACGACUUUUGUUUCGCAGACAUACCAGAAUUUGCAGGCGGACUACACUGCCAUGUCAGCGUCUCUACUUUUCGAAUUGGUCCUCGUUCAGCGUGCUAUCGCCAACGGUUCCUCGGUCGAUGCUAUUUCUUCUUCCCCACUAAACCCAAACACGGCCUUUGUUCCUGCUACUACGGACGUUUGGGUGAACGGGCUCUGGUUUGUCAGUUUGUUCCUCAGCCUCACAACAGCACUCGUCGCUGUACUUGUUAAACAGUGGCUUCACCACUACGUCAUCCUGCCGUCCGGGACCCCGCGCGACCGUAGUUUUACUCGCCAAUUCCGAUAUGCCGGCUUUCAGAAGUGGCAUGUCCAAAUCAUCAUAGGAUUACUCCCAGUCCUUAUGCAUCUCGCUCUCGCUAUAUUUCUCAUCGGCUUGGUCAUUUUCCUUCGUCCACUCCGGGAAGCUCUAUCGUGGAUCAUUGGUACAGCAACAGCCGUUGUCUAUGCGGCAUAUGUAGCAGCGACCAUCCUUCCUAUUCUCUUUCCUCAAUGCCCCUACCGCACACCUCUCUGUGAUCUUGUCUACGUUUCUUUUCGCCGUAUCGUCCCGCAAGUGACAUGGGAUAACAAAAAGGCAUUCCUUUUUGCGUGUAGACAAGGAAUGUUAGCAUGUUCCGUCAUCUUCCACACGCACAAGCAAGAAACCCACAGUCGCUGA